AUCAAAACAAAAAACCCUCAACAAUUUUCUCUCUCUCUCUCCCGUUCCCUGUUUGUACCCUGCAGACACUUCGUCUCUCUAUCCUCUUCUUCGAUAUGGAAGACGAGCACAAGGUCUUAGAUCUAGUCAAGGAACUAGUUCACCGCUUACUCACCACACAAUCUGACCCAGAUUUACAAAAACCGUCCUCAACCUCAAACCCUAAUACUGGUACUGGUGCUACUUCGAUCCACUCUCACAAGCAACAGGCUCUCAAGUACGCCAUUCGCAUACUAUCCAGCCGAAUUGCGCCGUCGAUCGCUGCAGAUGAAGCAGCCAUGGCCGAGUCCAUCAAGCGCCAUCUCGCUACCCAAGGUAAAUCAUCCGAUGCCCUAACUUUUGCCGAUCUUUAUUCCAAAUUCGCGUCGAAAAAUGGCACUGGGAGCAUAAAAAACAAGUGGGGUGUUCUUUAUUUACUCAAAGUCAUCUCCGAAGAUCGAAAGAACCAAAGAAUUCGAUCUGAUUCUAGGGUUUCUACGGGUUUCUUCGCGUCAACAGUGUCUGGUGGACUGCCAGCAUUGUUUGAUUCUGAAACUAAUGGAAAUCAUAGGGUAUUAAGUGACAAUUCUAGGGUUCUUCAUGGUCGCGAAGAAUUAGAAAAGAGUUGGGUUGAUGGGGAUUUGAGUGAUAAUUCUAGGGUUUUACGUGGUCAAGAGACUGUAGAGAAGGGUUGGAAUGGUGGGGUUUUGAUGGUUUUGAAAGACCCAGAGAAUAUCCGUGAUAUGGCAUAUAGGGAGUUUGCAAAUUUAUUGAAAGAAGAGAAUGAGGUAUCUGAAGAGGUUUUGGUUCGGGAUGUGCUGUAUGCCUGUCAAGGAAUUGAUGGGAACUUUGUGAAAUUUGAUAGGAAUAAUGAUGGGUAUGUGCUGGCGGAUACAAUUAAAGUACCAAGAGCAACUAGGAUUACUGUUCGGAAGCUCUGCGAGCUUGGGUGGUUGUUUAGGAAGGUUAAGGUGUACAUUACUGAGAGUAUGGAUCGUUUUCCCGCAGACGAAGUUGGGACAGUUGGGCAAGCUUUUUGUGCUGCACUGCAAGAUGAGCUUUCGGAGUAUUAUAAGUUGUUGGCUGUGCUUGAAGCACAAUCAAUGAAUCCCAUUCCAGUGAUUUCAGAACCAGCAAGUUCUGGGAACUAUCUUUCUUUGAGGAGACUUGCAGUUUGGUUUGCUGAGCCACUGGUAAAGAUGAGGCUAAUGGCUGUUCUGGUUGAUAGUUGCAAGGUGUUAAGGGGUGGGGCAAUGGCUGGGGCAAUUCACAUGCAUGCCCAACAUGGUGAUCCACUUGUGCAUGAUUUCAUGAGGCGGUUACUUCGUAGAGUUUGUUCUCCUCUUUUUGAAAUGGUGAGGAGUUGGGUUUUGGAAGGGGAGCUUGGAGAUAUUUUUGCUGAAUUUUUUGUGUUGGGUCAGCCCGUGAAAGCAGAGUCACUUUGGAGGGAAGGUUACCGUCUCCAUGCUGGAAUGCUUCCUUCUUUCAUAUCACAAUCUCUUGCUCAGCGCAUUUUGAGGACUGGAAAGUCAAUUAAUUUCCUUCGAGUUUGUUGUGAGGAUCGUGGUUGGGCUGAUGCUGCUACAGAAGCUGCUGCUGCUGCUGGUACCACGACUACAAGAGGGGGUCUUGGAUAUGGUGAAACAGAUGCACUUGAAUCUCUUGUCACUGAAGCAGCAAAGAGAAUAGAUAAGCAUCUGAUGGAUGUUAUUUACAAGCAAUAUAAAUUCAAGGAACAUUGUCUUGCAAUCAAGCGAUAUUUACUGCUUGGGCAAGGUGAUUUUGUUCAGUAUCUAAUGGAUAUUGUCGGGCCAGAGCUCUCCGAGCCUGCUAACACUAUCAGUUCAUUCAAGCUUGCUGGGCUGUUAGAAAGUGCAGUUCGUUCGUCCAAUGCACAGUAUGAUGAUCCUGAUAUACUCGAUAGAUUGAGGGUCAAGAUGAUGCCACAUAACAGUGGAGAUAGGGGCUGGGAUGUUUUCUCUUUGGAAUAUGAUGCAAGAAUUCCCCUAAAUACCGUGUUCACAGAAUCUGUUAUGUCAAGGUAUUUAAGAAUCUUCAACUUCUUGUGGAAGCUUAGACGGGUGGAGCAUGCACUUAUUGGUGCCUGGAAGACAAUGAAACCGAAUUGUGUUACUUCUCAUUUUUCCAGUAAGCUGCCGCAUGCAGUUAAGUUACAGUUACUUUUGACUUCAAGACGAUGCCAAGUUCUUUGGGAUGAGAUGAAUCAUUUUAUUACAAACUUACAGUAUUAUAUCAUGUUUGAAGUAUUGGAAGUGUCAUGGUCUAAUUUUUCUAAUGAAAUGGAAGUUGCUAAGGAUCUUGAUGAUCUACUUGCUGCACAUGAGAAGUAUCUACAUUCAAUUGUUGAGAAGUCUCUCCUUGGAGAACGGUCCCAAACCCUUUAUAAGACUCUCUUUGUUUUGUUUGACCUUAUAUUGCGGUUCCGAAGUCAUGCAGAUCGGUUAUAUGAAGGUAUUCAUGAAUUGCAAGCAAGAACUUUGGAUAACACUUUGUCUAUCCGAGACAAGGCCAAAUCAUUGAGGCGUUCAAAUGAUAGAACUUCAGAGCCUGGGUCAUGGGUUAGUGAAGGCAGGAAGGCCAUAACACAACGUGGUGGUGAAUUUCUUCGAAAUAUGGAACAAGAUAUAGAUGCAACUGGCAAAGAAUUUUCAUCAUUACUUGAGGGGUUCAUUUCUCAGUUGCCUGUGCAGCAACACAUUGAUUUGAAGUUCCUCUUUUUCCGCCUUGACUUCACAGAAUUCUAUAGCCGCCUGUGUCCUAAUAUUCAAGGAAAGUAGUCAGUAUGACAUUUGAGUUCAAAGAAGUAACAUUCUGAACUGUGAAAAAGGUGUCAUAAUUCACCAAUAGGUAUCCGGCACAUCGCCAAAGAUCAAGUGGUGGCUAACUGACUUCGGAACUAAGCAUUUUUUUAUUUUAUUACAUUGCUUGCUUUUAGAUGGCAUUUUCUCCUCUCCGAAUGGCGUGUUUGGAAGUUUUUUUAUGGUUGAACUGAAGGUUCAAGUUCAUUAACAAGACUGAAUUUUUGCCUUUCCUCUUUAAUGGCGGGCAUUAUCCCUUGAAGCACAUGGACGGCAGGAGCCAAUUGGCUGGAUUGUAUCAUCUGAACCGAACACAAGCUUUCCUUGCGUCUUGUGAGACUUAAAUGUCAAGUCAGUAGCCAUUCUCAUUCUCUCAGCAGCAGCAGAAGAUCCAUUAUCUUUCGCUAUUGAAGUUGAAAUUGGUUCAAGAGGUGUUGUUUUCCCAUCCAAAUGUCUAGCGGCACCGGUGAAUGGUGUGAACUUGGCUGGCUCUUCUUGAGCUUUACAAUCAGGGUCAUUCUUCCAAGUAAUCUCUGUUUUUUAUUUCUUUUCAGGUUCCUUAUAGUCCAAAGGUUGUGCAAAUUCCACUUCACAAUCUGUCUCAACUACAGAUAUUGCAUUGGAUGGCGUGGUUUCCACCAUAUCAAGGUACCUUUGGGGGGGCUGGUUUUCCUUACAAUCACCAACUCACCCUCUACUAGUUUAAUGUUCUUCAUCAUCCAGUUUGGCAAGAAGAUGAAACCUUCCUCAGCGUUGAACUCUAGAACCCCACAAUGCGACA